CAAUCCUUUCGCCCACGCCACGCCACCACAGAAAGAGUGGAAAUACACGGGAAGAUUAUCUUGUCAUCUGUCUUCUCAUCUGAACCAUCCUCUCCUUCAAUCUUUCGCUUUAAUUAAUCCAUCCUCUUCUUUACCUCUUUCCUCUUUCCUCCUUCUUCUUUUCUCUCUAUUUUCCUUUCUUUUUCAUUUCCAUCCUUUUUACAUUUUAUUUCAGAAUGUUACCAGCGACAACAACGCGUCGCUGGAAUACCCUAUCAAGGGUAACAGCAUUACUGGCUAUUGUGGCCACGACAACCAUCUCAUUGACGAAUGCAUUCUACUUGCCUGGAGUGGCCCCUACAGAAUAUCAUGAUUCAGAUCCAGUAUUUCUAAUGGUGAAUGCACUGACACCUGGAUCCGAUUCAGAACUCAAGUCAGUCAUUCCUUAUGACUAUUACUAUCCCAUGUUCCAUUUCUGUAAACCAAAAGAUGGAGAACGAUCUCAGGCAGAAUCUCUAGGAAGCAUUCUUUUUGGUGACCGAAUCUGGGAUUCACCCUUCAGGAUCCGUAUGAGGCAACCCAAGUCUUGCGAGAAACUAUGCGAGGUGGACGUGUCGACAGAGGAAGCCAAGUUUAUCAAUAAUAGGAUUCGGGAGAAUUAUGUGAUCAAUUGGUUGAUCGAUGGAUUGCCUGUAGGACAUAUCCGUCAGGGAGCUAGCAAGGGUGAUCAGGAAAAACAGGUGUACUCGAUUGGGUUCCCUCUCGGGGUUGAAGAUGGAAAGGAAACUCCAAAGCUCAAUAAUCACUAUGAGAUCAAUGUUGAGUUUCACCAUAACAAGCAAAAGGAUACCCUUCGUGUUGUUGGCGUCACUGUUGAGCCUUUCAGUAUUGAAAAUGCUAUGGAGGGUUCUGAGCUGUGCGGUUCUACACAGAUGGAGCAGAUUCCAGGCGUGUAUCUGUCUGAGAAGCAGCCUACCCAUGUCACUUACACCUAUGCGGUUCAUUGGCAGGAAGUCGAAACUGCCUGGGCGACUCGAUGGGACAAGUACUUGAUGGUGGGUGAGCCCAGGAUCCAUUGGUUCAGUCUUGUGAACUCUGUCAUUAUUGUAUUGUUUUUGACGGGAAUGGUAGCAAUGGUACUGUUGAGAGCAUUGCACAAAGAUAUUUCCCGUUAUAACCAGCAGGAGGCACAAGAGGAUUUCCAGGAAGAUUUUGGUUGGAAGUUGGUGCACGGAGAUGUGUUCAGACCUCCUGCGUACCCAAUGUUGUUGUCAAUCAUUGUGGGCAAUGGUACCCAGAUGUUUUUGAUGGCUGCGGUGACAAUCUUGUUUGCAGCUCUGGGAUUCUUGUCACCUUCCAACCGUGGAUCGUUAGCAACGGUUAUGAUUGUGUUUUACAUGUUCUUUGGUAUUGCUGCUGGAUUUGUCUCUGCAAGGCUCUACAAGAUGUUUGGAGGAGAAGCAUGGAAAAUGAACGUCAUUGGUACCGCUUUCUUGUUCCCUGGUGUCAUUUUCACUGGAUUUGUUGCUCUGAACUUCUUCUUGAUCGGUGCCAAAUCAUCGGGCGCGGUUCCCUUUGGAACCAUGGUGGGUCUGGUUGCGUUGUGGUUCUUGGUAUCGACACCUUUGUCAGUGGUUGGAUCAUAUUUAGGAUUUCAGCGUCCCAAGAUUGAGACGCCUGUCCGAGCAAAUCAGAUCCCACGUCAGAUCCCAGACCAAGUAUUUUACUUGCGUCCGAUCCCAUCGAUGUUGGUUGGAGGUAUUUUACCGUUCGGAGCCAUCUUCAUUGAGCUGUACUUCAUCUUGAACUCGAUCUGGUUCCGCAAGAUUUACUAUGUGUUUGGAUUCUUGUUCCUGGUCUUUGGAAUUUUGAUCCUGACAUGUGCCGAGGUGACUAUCUUGAUGUGCUAUUUCCAUCUGUGUGCAGAGGAUUAUCAUUGGUGGUGGCGAGCGUUCUUCACAAGCGGUGCAAGUGCGAUCUAUAUUUUCUUGUACUCGAUCAUGUAUUAUUUUACGUCUCUGCAAAUCAAGUCAUUCACAAGUGUUGUCUUGUAUUUCGGAUGGACAGCGAUCAUGAGCAUCAUGUUCUUUGUCCUCAGUGGUGCUAUUGGCUUCUUCUCCACUUUUGCCUUUGUUCGCAAGAUUUAUGGCAGUAUCAAGAUUGAUUAAAGAAAAUGAGCAC